UGCCACCGCCGCCGCCCGAGCGCUCCGUCCUCCGCGCCGCCGCCGGAUGGAUGGAAGGAGCGGCGCCCGCUCGCCCCUUCCCGCCCCGCUCGCCUUUCCCCCCUCGCGCGGAUAAGCCCAGGAGGGCGAGGAGGAAGCACGUGGAUUUCUAAAAAGGGGGGACUAGGAGGGGGAGAGCCCCCGAAGCUGCAGAGGCGCCGCCGGCUGUCCCCGGGACUCGGAGCGAGCUUCCCCGCCGCCUUGGGUAGGGACCCCCGCCCCAUAUCCUCGGGGAGGAAGCGAGAAGGCGGGAUCCCCAGCGCCGGCCGCGACGCUCGCCAAUGCCAUCGCGGGCGCGGACCCGGGCAGAGCGAUGGGGAAACUUCACUCCAAACACGCUGCUGCUUGUAAGCCUCGAGAGAACCCCGAAGGUGACAGCUUCGCCGUGAACGCCUCGCUGGCGCGGAAAGGGCUGGAGGAAUGGCAGGCGAACCCCAAAGCCUCCGGCGGCGGCGGCGACAGCGGCUUGGAAAUCCCGCAGGGCUGCCCGCACCGGGCGCUUGGCAAGCUCUCCGGCCCCAGGGAAGCAGCUGGUGAAAUUUUCAGGGAGGCGCUUGAGAACGAACAUUUUCAUCUCGAAGUUGCUCUGCCUCCAGAAAAGACAGAGGGAGCUUGCAGUGGUGAUGAAAAAAAAACAGAAAAGGAAGCUGAUACACGCACAAACGCCAAGAAGCAGCUAAAAUUUGAGGAACUGCAGUGUGAUGUGUCUGUUGAGGAAGACAACAGGCAAGAAUGGACCUUCACACUGUAUGAUUUCGACAACAAUGGCAGAGUCACCCGUGAGGAUAUUACAAGCCUGCUUCAUACCAUCUAUGAAGUCGUUGAUGCUUCAGUAAAUCAUUCACCCAACUCUAGUAAAACCUUGAGGGUUAAGCUCACUGUGGCUCCAGAUGGGAGCCAGAAGAAGAAAAGUAUCAUGCUGAAUCAUGCUGAUCUUCAAAGCUCAAGGCAUCGAACAGAGAGCAAAGCUGGUGAAGAAGCAAGAAGUUGUGAGAAGAAGCCAAGAGGUUCCCUCAGGUACCAUCAUGGUGAAUCUAAGCCUGAAUCGAAUGGGUGCUAUCAUCACUGUGUUGAUGAAAACAUUGAAAGGAGGAACCACUACUUAGAUCUUGCAGGAAUAGAAAACUACACAUCGAAAUUUGGGCCAGGCUCUCCACCGGUAGCUCAGAAGCACAAUCCAACCAUUCGGGUUGCCAAUCAAACAAGAUCCCGUUCACACGAGCCAGAGGUCUUUCACGCCCACCAGCGGAGGUCACCUGUGGUGGAUCCGGUUCAUAUCAACUUAAUGGAAGCUUCAUAUGCAAAGCUUGCAGAAAUCAAGCAGAGGCUGCGGAGUCAAGAUGCCAGCAGGCAUUUUGUAAAGUCUCCCAAGACUCAAAGCAAAAAUACAGCUUCUGUUCACACCGGAAGGGCUAUGAGGAGUAAACCCAUCCAAGGGGUAUCUGUACCCUUGGCUUCCCCUACUCCGCAGAUAGGCCAAAAUCUACCUUACCACCCCAUUCAGCCUCAUCAGACUUACAAGAAACAUAAGCAGAGGGCAAAAGAGACUCACCAGUUGUGCAAAACCUUCCAAGCUCCUGGGACAGUUGUGGAAAAAGAGCAUGUCAGAGAUCUGCCUGCUGUCAUCUUAUAUGAAGGUCAGGUUGGGCAGAUGAUCCAGAGACAUGAGCACCACCACCAUCACGAGCACCACCACCACUAUCACCACUUCUACCAGACAUGAACUGGACCUCCCCUUCCCUCUCCCUUGGGAAACUGUCCCACAUGAAGGAAGCGUGUUGUGGCCUCUUGGGAAAAGAUUGGUGUUGUCCUUAUUCAUGUUAGUAUUGUUGCUAUAACAUUAAUAUUCUGCUAAAGCUAUUUUAGAACUUGUAUGAAAACACUAAAAAGUAACGUUAAUAAUAAUAAUAAUAAUAAUAAUAAUAAUAAUAAUAACCUAACAUUAUUUAUAUUAUGUGGAACUGUAUCACUUACUUUAAUAACUUGUGGGUUUUAUUAUUUUCAAAAGAAUUGGCUUGUUCAACACACACAAUAAAAACAGCCAUAGUUAUCCUUAGGGGAAUCUUCAUAUAAAUUGUCCAUGUAUUCAGAGAACCCAUGAAAGGGUGCCCGGAAGUAGACCACUCCAGAAAUAUAUGUACACUGCUUUUUCUCCUGUCAAGAGUCAUCAGAAGUUUGUGAGAAGUCCUCCAUGUUUAUGUGUGAAGACCUCUUAUGUUCAAGGAGAAUUGCCUCCCAAUCAUGGUGCCUCCUUGAGCGUAGAAGUUUCUAAGCAAAACUCUGGAGAACUUUCCACUGAUGGGUGUUAAGAGGUGAAUCGGACUCUGGUGGUGGGAAUGGAUAAUUGAACAUACAGAUUGGUUCAUACAAAGACCCCUGUGAUGAGCUGCAUUUAAAAUCAACUUCUUAAGGGACUUCACUAAAGCAUGCUUUCCUUUCUGCUACUGGAGCAGAUGCUUUGAACAAAUGGUUAGACACCUACACAUAGUCCUUGACUAAUGACCACAAUAGGGACCUGAAAACUCAUUGUUAAGUGGUGUGGUCAGUAAGCGAGGCAUCAUGUGACUGCAUCUGAUUUUACAACA